AUGUCUAGACCUCCUCCUUUGAAUCGACUAGAGUCAGCUCCUUCUAUCAAUUCACAUCCUUCAACAUUGCCUUUCCCACGAUCGGCCACUUCCACAGCUCCUACUCCUUCUCCUGUUCCUCCGGCGCUUGGCAGCCUUCCAUCCACCCCGACCAGUAGCAUCAGCAACCCCAUCGGGUCGUCGAAUAGAAAUAUGGGUGUCAAUGCAGCGUCAACUUCAGGUCCCGUCAACCCCGAUGCUCCUACGGGGACAACACUGAGACCGAGCUAUGCGUUGACCAGUGAUCGUGACAGGGAGCAACAGCGUGAGAGAGAGCAGAGGGAGCGUGAUAGGGAUCCCAAAUCCAUCUCAUUCUCCAACUCGCUCUUAUCUCGAACCAGUGACCCUUCUAUGUCGCAUCACUCUCAUCCUCAUGCUUCCGCUCACCAUCACCACCACCAUCAUCACCACGUGCAUCCUCGCCCACCGGGUUCAUCGUCCACUCCCACCUCCACACCCGGCUCUGACCGUCCUUCUCCAUACUCUACGACUCUCCCAUCGGCCAGACGGGAUCCUCCGCCCGUUCCUGGUCGUACUCCCGGCACGAGGCCACCUUCGGCGUCUUACGCCCACUUAUUCGGCAUUCCUGGUUUUCGAGACUCUCCCAGGGAAAGUCAAAGGAAUACAGCGCCGAGCCAAGAGAAUCGCUACUCGAAGCCUCCCUCUCCUAAGAAAGAGCCAGCUGUCAUACCUUCCGGGCCAUAUGCUAUCCAAUCCAAUCCGACCUCACCCACGGCUUCGCGUGCCGGACAUCCACCGCCAGGUCAAGCGACUGUGACAAGACCAUCAGUAUCACCACAAAUGUUAACCAUCACUCCUGGUCCUCAACCACCGACAAGACCGAACCUGUCCUUGCCCAGUCUCUCGACUCUGGGCAGUCGCUCCUAUCCCUCAUCUUUUGACAAAGAUGUUCGGGACGGAUCGGCCAGCUUUACGGGGGCUGACUCGGGAGCUCAUACACAUGGCAGGACUCUGAGUGGCAGUAGUAAUCGUGCGGAUCGCGAACCUCUCCCUGGUGUUCCAUCCCUGCAAGCUAGCCCUGGCAAAGGCCAAGGACAGAGUGGUUUACAGACUCAAUCUCAAACGUCGUCUCGAAAUUUCUUCUCCGGACCACCAUCCCUUGGCUUGUCAGCCAGGGAUCGAGAACUACAACGUUCGCCGUUGGCUAGGACUACGGCUCCUCCGCACAGAGAAGGGGAAAGAGACCCAGUGAUCUCACCCCCACGUUCCACUGUAGUCCCACCGCCCACAGCGACCAGCAAUAACACCGCUCCAACAUCCGGUGUCACUUCUGCACCUAAACCUUCUGUUCCCGGCGCAUCUCCCUAUUCCUUCUCUUCCACCCCUUAUACCUCCAGCUCGCAAUACGGCCCGUACCCGUCGUAUCCAGGCGCCGGGUUCGGUUUCACUCCAUACGGUUGGCAAGACCGAGAGCGUGACCGGGAUAUCCGGCAGCAAGAGAGGGAUCGUGAAGCACGAGAGCGACGUGAAUUACGGGAGCAAAGAGAAGCUGAUUGGCGACGUGAGAUUGAUAGGGAGGAGAAAGCUGCUCGUGAGGACCGCAUCAGGAAAGAAGCAGAAUUACGCAACCGUGAACAUCAGUCUGUCGAAAAACCUGUUGAGCGAUCCCUCGUCGGAGUAGAGACAAAACCUUUUCAACCUCCCCGUCAACCAUAUACUGAUCGUCGUUAUCGCGAACAAGAUUAUGAGGUGUCGGCCUUACAGCAAGUUGCACCGCAACGGGAACCUCGGCCGUAUGUCAUCAAAGCUGAACACCCCCGCGAGACGCAGAAAGAGCGCGAGUUGAGGGAACGCGAAUACAAUUAUCAACCGCGUGAUUCAAGAGAUAAGAGAUCGCGUAUGGAUGCUGCGGUCGAAGAACAAAGUCGACGUGGGAGCGCGGGUCGUAAGAGACGUAAACCCGACGAAGAGGUGCUUACCCAACCUCAACCUACGCAAUAUAAAGAUUUCACAGCUCUCACCACACCUCAACAUAAGAUUAUAGAAGUGACGUCUGGUCCCGUGGAACAGUGGUUGAAGACGAUCCCUGACCUGUCUAGGAUCGUAUCUAGACAGGUGUAUGGUGGGGCAGGGUGGACUUUUGCUAAAUCUAAAUGUUUGUCAGAUGAUUCACUAGGAGGUGUGAUCAUACUUCGCUUCGGGGGGAUGAUGUUGGGGAAAGGUUGGAAAUUACGAGGAGAGGAAGGUUGGGAUGUGUCAACUCAUGAUAUCCCCAAAGAUGGCAACGCUUUAGAAACAUCUUUCGCACGUACAGAGAUUUGGGGAACGGAUGUCUAUACUGACGAUUCCGACCCCGCUCUGUUGCUUGUUCAUGCUGGUUGGUUGAGAUGGAAAUUAAGCGGCGUAGGAGAUGAAGGGGGGGACAAAAGGAACGGGGAUGUGGUUAAUGUAACUGUUCGGAUAGUUCCCCGUUUGGUGAGAUAUACCGGGGUGAAAAGAAAUGGAAUUCAGAGUCGGAAUUGGGGAAAUGGGCAUGAUGGUUAUUCGGUAGUUGUAGAAGCUGUGGAGAGGGUCAAGGUGGGACCUAGUCUACUGGAAGGCAAGAAGAACCGUAAACUCCGGCUGGCCGAGUUUGCUAGAGAACGGGCCUUGUUAUAUCCUCAACAGCCAUUGAAGGUGAACGAGAAUGUCUUGAAUCGUCCUAUCUCACCGGACGAGGGAACUUGGAAAAUUGACGAGAUCAAGGAUGGCGAAGAAGACAAAAAUGUAUCUUUGGUCUUCGGUCCAUUGGGUAUCGGAUUUGUCUAUCGACCUUCAGCUUUGAAGGGAUAUUUGGAUUAUUAUCAAGACCCGGAAGACGGUGAAACGUCUUUAUGGACUCAUGACCUUCUUCUUUGGUCCGAAAAAGAUGGAUAUCGACUUCAAUUAAUCCCUUCUUCCACUCUUUCCUCCCCUCGAUUGAAUAUCAUACAUACGCCCCGUAAUUCAGGUUCGAUAACUAUAGGUACAGAACUAGCACCUACAGAAUUUCAUUGGCUCCCCGAAGGAUUAGCAGUUCGUCUAGAUGGGUCAAAAGGAAAGUUGGUGAUUGUGGAAAGUUAUAAUUGGGUGAAGAGGGAAAUGGAGGGACAAGGAAAAUUACCUUUUGCUUUGGAGAUCGCUCCUGUCGUCACUCCUGCUCUUACACCGACGAUUGAUUCUGCCCCUGUAUCGAUGGAACAAGUUCCUUCUGUUCCUAUGGUCGUUUCUGGUUGAUUUGCGGAGAAGUUGGUGGAUACGUCGAUGUGGAUGCACACGAUCGACGACGGGGAAAUCAAUGGAGAAAUAAGUGAACAGUUUGAUGUUCCGGCAACACGAACGACGACGAAGGGGUAGAUCCGACGAUACGGGUUAAACAAAUUCUUCAUGAAUCACCGGUCCGUACGGGUAUGUCGAAUGCUUAGAAACGUCAUGCGAUGCAGUGCUCAUUCGAAUUUCGUCUUCUCCCCAUGAAAUCGUGAAAAACAGAAUAUCGUUUGCGUCAUCCUCGUCAUCCCCGUAACCCGAUUCGAGUGGAGGUAGGGAUGAAUGGAUCGACUAUAGCUGUGCAAGUACUGAGAAGGACAUGUUUUGAUCCUAAGACUUCAAUUUGAGACCCAAUUUUCUCUUAAUACAAGUUAUAUACCUUGACUUCUUUCAACCUUUACCCUUAAACAUCCUCUCGGCAAAAUGGAUAUGACAAGCCCUGACACUACCAAUGGAGUUCUCGACAGCCAUGAUGAUUCCACCAAGAGCAAUGGAUCGUGCGAGGAGGCAAUGAAACAUAUGUACCAAGGGCUGAAGUCUGCAGUCGACGUAAUUUGUAAAGCCCUAGACGAUGUUCAAAAUCAUUCCAUCCGCGAUGUCGCAAACUCACGAUGGCGACAGCUUCAAAAAGACCGACUUGAAAAUCCUCGUUCUGUUCUACCUGCGUAUACUGAGGCCAUGACUCAACUUCAUACACCAGUGGCCACUCCCGUCACUUCGGAUCUACGAGAGCAAGAUGUCAGGGAUACUUCUUCCUUAGAUCAUACUGAUGAAGCACAACAAAAUCUUGCAGCG